CCAUUUUGGAUGAUGAGUGGGUGCAAUUGAGCUAGGAAAAACACCUGCGACAAUGUUAAGUCAUUAGUCACUUUGGAACCACUGACCGCUGCAUUCCAAAGGGAUUACAAAAGCAGCUGCUGAUGCUUUGCUGUGGUGAAGGUGUGGACUGGCAGGUGCCAGUUUGGGAUGUAGGCCAGUCUGGGAGAGAGGUUCUGGUGGUUUGGUGAACACCGCUGUGGGUGUGUCAUACGGAGGUAAAGGAGGUGGUUGCAGCCGAGACAGAAAAAGUGUUCUGAGAUUUAAUUACUUACGUGAGUGGUAAGGAAGAAGAAAGGAAAUAGUCAUACUCCAACAGGAGCAACAUGUAAUGUCUGAAGCAAUCACUAUAAGUACUGAACACCUGAACUUAAGAACUGGUCAAUGCGGUUUGUCACUAGGGCUGUGUGUGAAGAUCAGGUAACAUCAGAGGCUUGUGGCUCUUAUGGUUUCCAAGGAAUAUGAAUUAAGCAAAAGAGAAAAAGACCAACUAAAGUAGCUCUGAACAGCAAUCAAAUCCAUCUGAGGUGAUUCCCGGAAGGAGUUUUGACAGCCUGAACAUCCUGGAAACUUCCAAGAGGAAGAAGGACCUCUGAAUUAUAAUCUGACAGCACGAAAAGAUUGCUGGGUUUUUUCUUUUUAUGAUCCAUGUGACUUGGACAUCCUUGAAGAACAAAGUAGAAGUUGUAUGCAAUUCUCAUAAGCUGAGGGAAUGGCAGAUCUGACACCAACACAUAUCAGCUGGCAGCCAUCAGUAAACGCAAGCACACACCAUACUGACAGAUAUGCCAAUGCUGAGUUGACUGUGAGGCGAGGACAAGCCUUCACUAUUACCCUGUACUUCAACAGACCAAAGCAGACUGGGGAGAACCUAGCAUUUGUCACUGAAAUAGGACCAUCCCCCUCAGAAUCUCAUCGUACAAAAGCUGUAUUUAACCUCUCUGAGGUGGGGGCAAGUGGCUGGAGCGCUGCCCAAGGACCCAGCGAGUCUGGCUAUAUGAACUUUACAAUAUCCAGCCCAGCCAAUGCUGUCAUUGGACGAUACAAUCUCAUCCUUCAAGUAACCUCAGGGAACAAGAUCUUCUCCAGAUUCCUGGGGCAGUUUGUGUUACUCUUCAACCCUUGGUGCCCAGGUGAUGAUGUCUACAUGGCUAAUGAAAGUGAGAGACAAGAAUAUGUUCUAAAUGAAAAUGGAAUAAUCUUUGUGGGCAAUGCAAAGUACAUUGAAGCAAGAGGAUGGUACUAUGGACAGUUUCAAGAUCACCUUCUAAACAUCUGUCUUACCAUGCUUGAUCUGAGCCUAUACUAUCGUCAGGACCCAGCCAUUGAUGUAUCCCGAAGAGGAGAUCCUAAAUAUGUGGGCCGAGUAAUCAGUUCUAUGAUCAAUGGAAAUGAUAAUGAUAAUGGAGUUCUCCUGGGAAAGUGGCAAGGAAGUUUCCAUUCACAUGAGAAUCCAUCCAGAUGGGAUGGCAGUGUGGUAAUCCUCCAGAAAUGGUGUCAGGACAACUACAAGCCUGUUCAGUAUGGCCAGUGCUGGGUUUUUGCAGGCGUGAUGUGUACAGUUCUGAGGUGCUUGGGGAUUCCAACUCGUUUGGUUUCAAAUUUUAACUCUGCCCAUGAUGUGGAUAGAAACCUGAGUAUUGAUAAGUACUACGACAGCUCUGGAAAGAGUCUUAAUAUCAGCAAGGAUUCCACAUGGGAUUAUCACGUCUGGAACGAAAGCUGGUUCAUUCGCCCAGACCUGGGAACAUCAUACAAUGGAUGGCAGGUUUUAGAUGCGACUCCACAAGAACAAAGCAGAGGAUUAUUUCAGUGUGGCCCUGCAUCUGUCACAGCCAUCAAAGAAGGUGAUGUAGACUUGGAUUAUGACACCUUAUUUGUGUAUACGGAGGUGAAUGCCGAUUGCAACAGAUGGAUUGUAUACAAUGAUGGAACUAAGAGAAGAGUUUAUUGUGAUACUGAAAUAAUUGGCAGGUUUAUCAGCACCAAAGCUGUGGGCAGCAAUUCCCGUGUGGAUGUCACCUGUAAUUACAAAUAUCCAGAAGGUUCUUCUGAGGAAAGACGAGUUUAUAAAAAGGCCUUAGCCAAGAUAUUUGGAUCAAAUAUCACAGAAGGACACACAGAAUCUCCAGAUGAAAGAUCUUCAGAGACAAUUAGAAACCCUGGGAUCUCUGGGAAAUUCAAGCUGGCUGAACCUCCAGUGUUUGGCAAAGACAUUACCCUAAUCUUAAUUCUCAAUAACCUAUCUUUUGACCACAAGACCGUGAAGGUGGACAUGAGUGCAUCAACCAUCCUGUACACAAGGAGACCAGUGGCAGAGAUCCUGAAGGCAACCACUUCUGUGGAUCUUGGUUCUAAACAAGGGAAACAUAUCCAGUUAAAGAUCCCUUAUUCUUAUUAUGGAAAAUAUCUGACUACUGACAAAAGGAUCCAAGUUACUGCUUUGUGUGAAGUCAUGCACAUGCAUGGGGUAAAGUUGCUGGUGGAGAAGACAAUCAUUUUAGAGGACACAAACAUUAUCAUUAAGAUUCCUCGGCGGGUUGUAGUGAACAAAGCUGUUACUCUAGAGAUCUCAUAUGCCAAUCCCCUCCCUGAACCUGUGAACCGCUGUGUACUACUAGUGACUUUGAUGAAUCAACAGGUCAAGAUACAUCUGGCACAACUGGCACCGAGGGAGAGAUCAAAAAUUUAUUUUGAAUUCACACCUCGCAGGACUGGGCCCUUACAGCUGCAAGUAGACUUCUCUUGUGACAAAUUUUCACAUGUCAAGGGAUUUGUAACCAUUGCAGUAGCACCUGCAUAAUGUGAUGGAAUCAAGCUCCUAUUUCAGCAUUAACAUGGCAAGACAUUCUCCUCUGUAUAGGGACAGUGAUGACAGCAAGAAACUUUCCACAAAAAUUGGUGACCUCUUACACUGCAAUAGAAUCAAGUCUCCUGCUUUCAGGUGCUUAAUUAUUUAGUCUCUAAUUGUAUUUCUUUUUUUUUGUCCUCUUAUCUAGAAAAAUGAAGCCACUUCCUUGUAGAAAUAGUUUCACUGUUUAAUCAAAUCUCAUUGUGUUAAGCUUCCAGUUUUGACUUUUCCAUCAGAUAAUUAAUAUAGUCUUUUUUCGACCACAUUCUAAUUGUCAGCAAUAAAUAAAACCUAUUCAUA